AAGAUGCAAUGGGAUAGGAUACUUGGAUUCUGGGUCGUUAACCCCUUGUUCAAUUCCGAGUGGGGAAGCUCGCGGAGACGUUUGAUAUCCCGUAGAAUACUUAUUUCCCCAAGUUUAGGAUGUGCGGAGAGUCUGUGGACCUGUGCUUAUUUCGUCGACAAUGGUAACGGGGAGCGGCGCGAUGCUACGCUAUACUGCAUAUGCAUCUCGCUGUCAUCUGAAUCCUUGCCUGUACAUCCAUGGCUACCGCGAAGAGGAGUCAGUGCUUAUAAACAUGGAUCUCCAACUGCUACAUAUCUAUUUUAGAGACGGUUGUCCUCUCAAUGCGUGCUAGUAUUGUCAAUUGAUUUUGUAGAACAAUAGACAAACGACUACCAGGCCAUUCUCGUCAAAGCAAGUUGGCACGAUGCCUUGGGGAAUCCUCGAGAGCAAGCAUGAGGGACACGUCCCUGGAACAGUAAUACUUACGGAUCAGUCUGAUAUACCAGACGAAUACCGAAACGUCUCUCGAGAGCUGCUCAAACAUGGUACCGGGAAGUAUUCCAAUAUUAUAUUAACUCCUCAGCCAAGCGACUCUCCCAACGAUCCUCUUAAUUGGCCAACAUGGCGCAAAGAUGUUGUUCUUGUUAUCGUAGGUCUCUCCGCCGGAGUUGUGGGCGCGUAUGGGCCGAUGAUUUCACCGGGUUUUGUUGAAAUCGCCGCAGCGCUCGACGUAACGGUCAACACGCUUUCUCAAGCAACAGCCUGGGUAGUUUUAACGAUUGGGCUGUCACUCUUCGUCUUCAACCCGUUAGCUAAAAAGAUCGGGCGGCGCCCGGUAUAUGUAAUAUCAAGCAUCAUUAUGCUCUCCGGGAGCAUCUGGGGAGCCCUUGCAAAGGAUUAUAGUAGCUUCUUGGGUAGCAGAGUAUGGAGCGGCUUAGGAAUGGCACCUUACGAGAUACUCGUACAGUGCACGAUCGCCGAUAUCUACUAUGUCCACGAACGGGCCACUAGAAUCGCCGUCUGGAAUAUGUUCUUGUUAUGUGGUAUCAGCGGAGGUGCUCUUAUUGCCGGUUAUAUUAUCGAGGACCAAGGCUGGCAGUGGACUUUGAUCUGGUGUGCCAUAAUCUUUGGCAUGCUUCUCCCUUUCGUGAUACUCUUCGUCCCCGAAACCGCGUAUAGAAGACAGUCGUUUGAGCAACAGCUAGCAGUUAAAGGCACCAACAGCCAAGAUGCCAAGCCAGAGACUUCAGAGAAGAAGGAUGCCUCGUCCGGCCCAGAGGACAGUACUAAGGUUGAAACUAUAGAGACUGGUGUGGUAACUGAACGCAAAGAUUCGUAUCUACGAAGCUUGAAACUCUGGAGUGGUACUAUUUAUACUAGUACUCCCCUUUGGAAGAUUUUUCUGCGUCCGGUCGUCAUCUUCUUCUAUCCAGCCGUCCUUUGGGCAUUCUUACUUUACGGGGUCACCUUGACUUGGAUCGUGGUAUUUAGCGUCGUGAACGCAGUCAUCUUUACAGCACCGCCAUACAAUUUCUCGGUAUCAGAAACUGGGUUGAUCUCGCUAUCCCCCUUCAUUCUUACCUUUAUUGGUGAGGUCUUGUCGGGUCCAUUGACCGACUGGGUUUGCAUGUACCUGGCCAAGAAGAACCGUGGUAUCUACGAGCCCGAGUUCCGACUACCGCCUAUUAUCAUCUCAUUCUUCGUUGGUAUCGUCGGCUUCUUCGGAUUUGGCGCUACUGUUCAUUAUCAAACUCAUUGGUCCGGGCCGGUUCUAUGCUUUGGUCUAGCAAACAUGAGUCUUGCUCUGUCUAAUGCAUCUGUCUUUGGUUAUGUGAUCGACGCUCAUAAGGAGUUAAGCGAAGAAGCAUUCGUGGCUAUCAAUGCUCGGAAUAUUCUGACCUUUGGUUUGACUUACUUCGUCAACGAUUGGUUAGCAAAAGAUGGUGUCCUCGCGGUCUUUAAUGUACUCGGUGCUGUGUUUGUUGCCGUGAAUAUAUUGACUAUUCCUGUAUGGAUUUUCGGCAAGCGAAUUAGGGAGUAUAUCGCUAGGAACGAAGCGCUGCACCGAUUCAUGCACGAAGAUUAGGUGGUAAUACUAUUACUGUAACAGUAUUGAGAUGAGAUUUGGGAUCGUUAAUAUUGAUGAAUCAGAAUUGAAUUUCAAAUUUAUAGAAUAGGUAGAUUUACAAGAUUAUGAGAUGCUUCAUUAGGAAUGUUGUAAAGAAUAAGAAUUGGCUUCUGUUAGGUACGUAAUAGAAUAU